UUCGUAGAGGAGACUAGCUAAGCGAGAAGCUAUAUCCACUUUGCCCCCCUCGUCUUCUCUCUCUCUCUAGCCUUCGUCUUCGUCUCGGCGUGUGCAGGUGUGCUCUGCUCGCCUCCCCCCCUUCACUCGCAGCUCCGGCCAGCUGAGGAGGAGGUUGCGGUGUUCGUUGUCGGGUUGGGAUCGAGGAUGUGCGACAAGGAUCCGGGUAUAAGGCUCUUCGGGCGGGUGAUCCCGCUGGCUGAGGCGGCGGCGGCGGCGGAGGCUGAGAGAGCGCAGGAUGAGGAUCAGCACAGGGAAAUAGAAGAAACCAAUGACAAUGAAAUGAAGGUCGAUGUGCCACAGGAGAAAGAAGAUGAUGAAAUGAAGGUCGAUGCACCAGAAGAGAAAAAGGAUAAUGAAGUGACUGCUGAUGCGCCACAAGAGGAGAAGGAUGAUGAAAUGGGGGUUGAUGCAUCGCAGUCAACAGAUAGUGUAGAGCCAGUCAGCACAUCUACCUUGGACAAUUCGAAAGAAGAUCAGGGUCAGAUGAAUAAUGUCGAAGGAAAAGCAGCAUCAGACUCAAAGGAGGAAAAUGAAAAGACAGCAAAUGAUGAAUCAGGCCAGGACAAGGUACUUAAGAAGCCAGAUAAGAUCCUACCUUGCCCUAGGUGCAACAGUAUGGACACAAAGUUUUGCUAUUACAACAACUACAAUGUUAACCAACCUAGGCACUUCUGUAAGAAUUGCCAAAGGUAUUGGACUGCCGGGGGAACCAUGAGAAAUGUACCUGUUGGUGCUGGGAGGCGCAAAAGUAAGAGUUCAUCGUUGCACUACCGUCACUUACUCAUGGCCCCUGAUUGCAUGAUGGGGUCUAGAGUGGACAUAUCUAGGUCAGUGAACCCUGAAGCUUUUGGAUCUUCGCAUUCAACUCCUAUACAGCCAAUUGGCAGAAAUGAAGCGGUUCUCAAAUUUGGGCCUGAGGUACCACUUUGUGAAUCAAUGGCAUCAGUGCUGAGCAUUAAGGAGCAGAAUGUUACCAACACUGGAGCAGUACCAGCGAGUGAAAAUCAGGAAGAUAACUCUUGUGCUUCUUCCAUCACAUCAUACAACAUGUUACCUGAAAAUGCAGUACCUGUCGAUAAGAAUGGAGCACCGGUCUACUGUAAUGGAGUUAAUAGCCCCAUGCCACAAUACUACCUUGGAGCUCCUUACAUGUACCCUUGGGGCAUAGGAUGGAACAACCUUCCUAUGAUGGUGCCAGCUAAAGGUAUGUCCGAGUCUGCUUCUCCAUCUGAGAGCUGCAGCACUAUUCCAGCUCCAUGGAUGAACUCCCCCUUGAUGCCGCCCUCGAGGCUUCCUGCUCCAGCAUUUCCAUAUCCUCUGGUGCCACCUGCACUUUGGGGUUGCUUAUCGAGCUGGCCUGCCACGACAUGGAACAUACCGUGGAUCAGAACUAACGACUGCAUGUCUCCAUCAUCAUCAAGCAACAGCAGCUGUUCAGGCAAUGGGUCUCCUCUGGGUAAACAUUCCAGAGACUCUCACCCACUGAGAGAGGAAAAAGAGGAGAAAUCAUUAUGGAUUCCCAAGACGCUCCGUAUCGAUGAUCCAGAUGAUGCAGCAAAGAGUUCAAUAUGGGCCACCCUCGGCAUCAAACCUGGCGACCCUGGCAUCUUCAAACCAUUCCAAUCCAAAGGCGAGAGCAAGGUCCAGACAUCAGACUCUCGUCCUGCUCGUGCUCUGCAGGCGAAUCCAGCAGCGAUGUCGCGCUCGCAAUCUUUCCAGGAGACCUCUUAACUUCACCUGCUGCCUGUCUUAUAGUUUUGUCAGCAGUGUGUACUGUGGAAGUGUAUAUAUAUAGUAGAGUUUUGCGGUGUUCAGAAAGAUCAGCAGAGAGCUUUUUGUAAAACCACUAGCUUGGAAGUGAGUAGUUGCAAAGGGCUUUCAUGAGAACUUCGUUGAGAUGUAUAUAUAUUGUAGAUACUUGACAAACUGGUUAUUGUAUAUCUAGGUUAAGUCAGGAAAUGCACUCACCUGGUUUAGCUCUUUCUAGUAUAUACAUUGCGAUAAGUUGUAAGCAAUAAACGUUGCUACUGAUAUUUCAGCAGUAACUUAUAGAACAGAUAUUUCUAUUACCAGUUAAGUCGUUUCAUUGUUCCAG